UUUAGAUUAAUUAUUUUAGAAAAUGAGCCAGAAAAGUGCUCAAAAAGACCAGACUCCUUUAUCUGAUAAAAACUACCAACUCCUUGAAAUCGAAGACCAAUCUCCCCCAGCUGCCACCAAGAACGCUCACAACGUAAGCCAUCCCUCCAAGAUCUCUAUGUCUCUCCUAGAACCUUCACAUGUGGUUGAGGUUGAAGAAGAGCAUCAUUAUGAGCAGUCUUAUGUUAAAGGAGUGGUGAUGAUGCUGACAACUACCUUGAUUUGGACUGUCCUGCAUGUUUCUACCAAAUAUAUGUUCACAGUAUCUCCAGAGAUGAGUCCCCUGGAUUUGAUCUCAGUGAUGGGUUACUCCUGAGUCCCUUGUUUCUACCUCUACGCAAAGUAUAAGAAUGUGAACGUAUAUCUUUUCAACUUCAAACCGAAAGUUCAGCUAGUUAUAGCUAUUAGAGUUGUGGUUGGUCUCUCCAAUAACUUUUGCUUAUGGUAUGGCUUUCAAUAUAUCUCCAUUGGAAAAGCAAUUUUGAUCUGGAGCUUGAGCCCGUUGUUCUGUGCUAUCACAGCUGCUAUCUUUUUGAAGGAGAAAAUAACGUAUCAGAGUAUUGGGUUGAUCUUGAUCUCGAUUGUAGGAGUUUACUUGCUGACCUUAAACAAAUCAGAUGAUCCUAAAGUUGCCUCAAAUGAAACCUUAGGAUAUUGUCUUGUGGUCGCCUCAGCAUUCCUGUAUGCUCUAUUAUUUGUGCUUCUGAGAACAAUGAGCAUCAAUGGAGUUCAUGCUUUUGUAUCACCCUUGUAUUUCGGAACAGGAGUGCUUAUCCAGAAUAUCAUCAUUUUUAUUUUCUUCCCAGGUGCAUUUCACUUCUCAGCUUAUAUGGACAAAGCAGUUAAUGCAUUAACUCUUCUCUUAAUUAUGAUCGGUUGAGUUGUAGGCCAAUACACUUGGAUGACCGCUAUCCAAUAUGCUCCCGCUUCCAAGCUCUCUCCUAUCGGAUACAGUGAGAAUGUGCUGACAAUCUUGUCAGACAUCGUGAUCUUCAACUACCACUUCAUCAUGACCGACUUCUUGGGUAUUGCCAUAAUUAUCCUGUGCUUGGUGACCCCUCUCAUGCUGAAAUCUUCUGAAUAACCAAUUACUGCAGAAUUUAAGAGUUAAGAUAUCUGGAUUUCAA